AUGGAUCCAGGUAAAUUUGUCAUCGUCAAAGAAGAUGCCGAGGGUUUAAUUUCUUGUACUGUAAUUGUUGGAAGAACUAUUUUAAAACACUAUAAUCUUUUAGAAUCAAUUACUACUUUAGAGAACAUAUUACAGGAAACAGAUAAAAUGAAUCAAGAAAUUAAAGAACAAAAUAAACAAAUAUCAUCAUUUACUUGUUCACUUAGCAGUAAGCUUGAAUAUCUACCUUUAAAACAACAGUUAGCUAUUAUUAAGGAAUGUCUAAGGUCUUCUGAACGAAAAAGUACUAAAGGAAUGAUGUAUGAUGAACAGUGGCUGCUAGAAUGCAUCACUAUGAGAAUGAAGAGUCCACGUUUAUACAAACACAUGCGCAUAAAUAAAAUACUAGUUUUACCAAGCAAAACUUGUAUUAAACAUUAUUUAAAAACUUUUAAGGCUGGUUUUGGAUUUAUUGAAAAAGUAUUAUUUGCUCUUAAAGAAAAAGCACAAUAUUUAAAUUCAUAUAGUAAGCUUAGAAAUCUCCUAUUUGAUGAGAUCAAAUUAUCUGAAAGCUUACAAAUUAAACAAAAUGGCUAUAUUCAGGGAUUUGUUAAUUUUAAAUCUUUUACAACAAAAGAAAUGAAAGAACAGAUGUGUGAUCAUUGUCUUAUACUAUUAUUUCAGCCUUUUGUAGGAGAUUGGGUUCAAAUUGUAGAAGUAUUUGGAACACGUAAAAAUGUUAAAGGAAAUAUAUUAGCAAAACUUUUAAUAGAAGCUAUUAUUCAAAUAGAAAAAGUAGGUUUAUAUGUUGAUUCUGUUACAGGAGAUGGAGCAACAUGGAAUAGAUCUAUGUGAAAAGAAUUUCGUAUUGGUGUUAAUAAUAAUGUGAUACAAUACAGAAUAAUUCACCCCUAUGAUGAAUUCAGAUUUUUGCAUUUUAUUUCAGAUUUUCCUCAUCUUAUAAAAUGCUUAAGAAACUGUUUUCUUAAAAUUAGCAUAUUCAAUAC